CCGACAUCAUGCAGUGCAGCGCAGCACGGGCAGCAAAAGCAGCCCUGCUUGCUUGCUUGCCUGCAGGAAGGAAGGCAGACAGGCAGACAGGCAGACAGGCAAAGCAAGGCAGGCGACAUGACCACUUGGCCGCGCUCCAGUCGAGUCCCUGCCUCCUCCCUUCCCACCAGCCAGACAGACGGACGGACAAGCACAGCCACCAUCCCUGGACCCCAUCAAACGGUGAGGCGAGACGACGACCUGCGCUGCGGGCAAGGCGCAACCCCACUCUCGGCAUUUCAGCACCGGCCGGUGGAUGAUGGGCAUAACGUAGUGUCGACAUGAUUCGACUCGAGUUUCACAGCACAGCAACAGGGGGCAAACAAGACUGGAGAGCGUCUCUCUCUCAUCUCGAGCCUGCCCGUUGCGUCGGGAGGUGAACCCCUGAACUUGAACCGUCGUCGUCGUCGUCGCAUCUCAUCUCGUCUCAUCUCAUCCAUGUAAAGAAAAAGAAGAGACUUUUUUUUUCGACAGCGGGCAAACCCUCUCUCGGCUGUUCGUUCCUGUCUCAAGCGAGCGUCGCGUCCCCAGCCAGUCGUUGCUUCUUCCUGCUCCUCCUGCGCCUGCGCCUACUGCUCCUCCUACGACGGCUUGGAACUGGUGACGUGGGAGCAUCUCAACGGCUCAAGAAACACAGACACACGCGUCCAGAAGCCGAGCGAAACACUUUUACUCUUGAUGCGCUCCGCGGCCCUGUCGUCAUAGAGCCGAGGUCCGCGACAUCUCUGUCUGUCGCGCCCAGUCGCAGCAGCAUCGGCGCAUUGAAACUCUCAGGUCCACGAGACCCUGCCUUGCCCUUCCCUGCCCUGGACCCAACCAACGCUUUGCAUUGCAUCGCAUCGCAUCGCGUCGCGUCGCGUCGCAUCUGAUCGCAACAUCGCCGUCAUGGCCGAGAGCCCGGAUCCCUGCCAGCGGCUCGAUCUCCCGGCCACCACCCUCGAGCGGCGCCGAUCCAAGAACCCGCUCAAGAACAUGAUGCAGCAUCUCACCGUCGACCCGCCCGACGCCGGUGACGAGCCGGGCUCGCCGCGCCGCCGCGAGUCGCUCAUCCGCCGCAUCAGCUGGCGCAAGAGCCGGAGCCCCUCGGCGCACUCCGACGUCUCGUCCUCCACCCCGGCGACGACGGUUCUCCGAAACGCCGAUGCCUCGCUGUGCGCAACGUGCACGAGCUUCGCCGCCGACGUGGACUUGACCUUUGCCGAGAUCGACGAGUCGUUUACCAAGGCGGCGAACCCGGCCGCCGACGACGGCUUCGACAACCGGGAGCACCUUGUUCAGCGCCUGGACGGGCUGGAGGAGAACCGCUGGACGGAGACGUGUCCGCUCUGCAAGCUGUUUUGGGCCGUGCAUGUCCCCGGCCGGGGAGAGAGCAGCAGCAGCAGCAGCGGGUACUCUCUCUCGGGGUUUUCCUCGAGGGACACAAACUACAUGCUUGACUGCGUCCGGAUGUUCGACAUGGCCCAUCCGGCCAGGGGCAGGGCCGCGGGUCUCGCGCCGGGCUUCCUGGGCGUCGUGCCGAGCACCCACGAGCGCAUCACGGGAGAGUGGUUCCGCCGGACGGGCAUGUUGCUGAGGACGAUGCCCGACGUCAUGGUCGAGCGGCAACCCUCGCGGCGGGGACGCUCCCCGGCGGGCGGGCGACGGACCCCUGAGCCUCCUGCGCUGACCCUCAACGACACUUCGUGGCUGCAGCAGGGAAUAUGGGGCCGCGAAAUUGGGCCGACGGCGGACCUGGGCGUGGUGAGAGACUGGAUGCACUUUUGCGACGAGAACCACGAGGGGCGAUGCAGCCGGCAGCUCAUCGAGGCUGAGAUGCCUGGGUUCCGGCUCAUCGACUGCUCCGCGUCACCACCCCGGGUCGUCGACGGAUCCAUCACAGCUGUAUAUGCGGCACUGAGCUAUGUUCUGGGCAAGCCGUCCUCGGGAGACUUGUGGCCGAGGGUCGUGCAAGACGCCAUGGUCGUCACGCGCGAGCUGGGCAUCCGCUACCUCUGGGUCGACCAGCUCUGCAUCAAAGGCACAACACCGACGGAGAGGGCACAGCAGAUUGCUCGCAUGGACGACAUCUUCGAAGGCGCGGCCCUCACCAUCAUCGCCGCCCACGGCCAGGACGCGACGCAGGGCCUCCCGGGCAUCGGCUCGACGCCACGCGCCGCGGCGCAGCCCAAGUACCACUUCGCCGACUCCAACAUGACGCUCGUGUCGACGAUGCAGGACCCGCGGCUCAGCAUCGAGGAGUCGAGGUGGUACGGCCGCGGGUGGACGUACCAGGAGGGCCUGCUGGCGCGGCGGCGCCUCGUCUUCACGGGGCAGCAGAUGUACUGGGAGUGCGGCGGCAUGGUGUGCCCGGAGACGCUCGUGCUGCCGCUGGGCCUGUACCACGACGGGCGCGAGCGGCGGAUGGCCGACUUUGUGCGGCCAGGGCUCUUUAAUGGCGUGCCGUACGUCGACGGCGGGUGGGAGGCGUGGAAGAAGCGGCGGCCGGACGACGACGAGGACAGGGGAGGGGAGGAAGCGGCGGCGAGCACGCUGAGCAUCUUCCGCGAGUCGGACCGCCACAUUGUGAGCUACGCGGCGCGGCGGCUCACGCACGACGAGGACUCGCUGAGCGCGUUCCUGGGCAUCACGCGGAGGCUGGAGAGGACGCUGGGCAGGGGCAAGCUGGGGAACCUGGUGGGCAUCCCGCUCUGGGCGCCCGCGGCGGGAGACGACACGUGGGCCAAGUCGGGCCCGCCGCGCACAAAGGACCUGUUUGCGCUGUCGACGUGCUUCUGGCAUCAUGCGGGCUGCGGUAGUAGCGACGCGCAGCAGCAGCCGAGACGGAGGCCACACCUGCCGAGCUGGACGUGGGCGGGAUGGGAGGGGCCCGUGGAGUUGUACUCGUCCAUUGUCGUAGUAGCCGCCGAUGCCGAAGGGGGGGUAGGGAGAGGUGGUGGAGGAGGAGGAGGAGGAGGAAGUGGUGGUGGUGUUGAUGGUGGUGGAGGACGGGGACGAGGCGGCGGCGCUUCUUCUUCUUCUGCUACAUGUACUACAGGAGGAAGAGAGGCAGCGGCGGCGCCCAAGACGUGGAAGCUGCUCAACCACCACUACGUGAGCGCGACGCACCUGACGCGCAACGAGACGUCGUCUCUACGAUGGACCUACUCGCCGGCCAUGGUGGUGCUGGCGCCCGACGGCAGCGUCGCCUACGAUUUUACUGCGACGCCGACAGCGACGAUGCCGAUGCCGCCCGUCUUCCGGCAGGGGCGGUACGCGCUGCGCGUGUCGGACCCCCUGGUGCUGGACAGGGUCAAGGCGCGGGCGCACGAGUCGGGCAGCUGGGUGUUCAACGACGUGAGCGUCGACGUGCGCAUGAGUCGCGGCCGGGGAACCACCACGACGAGCAGCAGCACCACAACCGUCAGUAGUAGUGGAGGAGGAGCAGCAGUAGCAGCAGCAGCAGCAGGAGCAGGAGCAGGGAGGCCGCCGUCGAGCGCGAUCCGCGAGUACAUUGAGCGGCACGCGCGGGGCGAGCAGAUGACGGUGCUGUGGUUUGUCGAGGACGCGACGAUCAUGCUGCUGGUGGUGCAGCGGUCCAGCAACAACAACAACAACACGUCGACAUCGACAGCGGCAGCGGCAGCGGCGGCUGCGGCUGGGGGCCGGUGGGAACGGGUCGGGCGCGCGCGGAUGGCGUUCCCGGCCGAGGCCAAGGAGGUGGUGAGGCGGUUUGGCAAGCUCGAAGUGAUGCUCCACCACCUGCCGCUGCGGCGACUGGGCGAAGAUAUUGUGAUUGAGUGAGUGAACGAGGGUGAAGGUGAGGGUGGGUUGGCCGGCUUAUACUACGGCCCCUGCCCCCCGGGCUGCCCGGCAAGGGGGCAGGGGGGGUUGGACAGAGACAUGCGGCGAGGCCCCAGGGGGAGAACCAUGGUGAGAGGCGUAGGU